AUGACAGACACGAAGGUGAUCAUUGCCACCGCCACGGUGCUGUACGGCAAGAUCUCGCGCGCGUUCGAGAACCUGCGGAAGCUCGGCGAGGCCAAUAUGACCCUCGGCGCGGUGGAGGCCCGGCUUCAAAAUCUCGAGAAGCUAUGGGAUAAAUUCGACGCUCUUAAUGAUACGUUAGCCGAUCGGGUUGACGAAAUAAAGCAUGAGGUCUACGCUAAACAGGACAUCCCGUCCUUAGGCGAGGAAGUUUACCUGCUGAACAAGGGCCACAUGCUCGAUCUGAAGAGCGCUCUCCAGCUGCAGCUACAGGCAGCCAGCUCUACCGCGGCCGCGACAACUAGUCCCGCUCCUCGGACAGCGCUGCCAAAAAUCCAACCGCCUACCUUCGCCGGGAAAUACGAGGAUUGGCCUUCAUUCCGGGAUCUGUUCCAAUCCCUCAUCGGCCGGAAUCAGGCAGCAAAACCUGUGGAGAAGUUACACUACUUAAAACUUUGUGUGAAGGGUGACGCCGAUCUGCUGAUUCGUAACCUCAGCACCACAGAAGACAACUAUGAAAUCGCCUGGAAAACUCUAAGCGAUUAUUACGAGAACAAAAGAUUGCUGACUCGUAAUUAUCUGAAUAAUUUCUUAGCGUUGACCAAGAUGAAAAGCGAAUCCGCCGCUGAAUUGAGGAAACUUUUCCAUGGAGUAAAAACAACUGUCAGCUCCCUGAAGAGCAUAGACCGACCGAUAGACCGCACGGAGGAUCUCUUCGUCCACCUCGUCGUAGAGCUCCUCGACAGCCGCUCUAGGCGAGAAUGGGAGAGUGAUAUAAGUCACACCACGAGUCCGCCAAGCUACGCCUCGCUUGAGGCCUUCAUAGAACGUCGGCUCCAUACGUUGGAGGCGCUGUUUCCGGCCAGGAACGACAGCAGCAGCUCCAGCACUGCAAAAUCAACGAAGAGCCACCACGUCAAAGGCCAAGAUCCAAAAGAGAAGUCCAGAAGCCGGUGCUCCAUCUGCCAGGGGGACCACUUUGUUAUGUUCUGCGGCGACUAUAAGGAUAAGACGGCGAUGGCGCGUAAGCAGCUCGUCCGUGAGCAUAAGCUCUGCUCAAAUUGCCUUGGCCGGCAUCAAUCUUCCGAGUGCUCUUCGAAGAAGACGUGUACAGCGUGCGGCAGUCGACAUCACUCCUCGCUUCACGAUGCAUUCCGGGAAGCCGAGGCCGCCACGACGUCUCACGUGGCUCAAGGCGCAGACUCUUCCUCCGCAACGGUGCUGCUCGCUACAGCUAGGGUCCGCGUCCUCGACUGCCACGGAAGCUGGCAGUCCGCUCGCGCUCUGAUCGACCAGGGCUCCGAAUCUUCCAUCAUUUCGGAGCGAUUAGCGCAGCGCUUACAACUCCCUAGAAGAGCAGCCGCCGUUAGUGUCUAUGGAGUCGGAGAGAAAAGGACCGGAGUGACAAAGGGGAAGGUGAGACUUACCCUGCGGUCGCGCAGAGGGGAAUCGCCCACCUUCGUCAACGCUUUGGUGCUGCCUAAGUUGACGCUGUUUUCCGGAGGAUGCCGCAGCAGUAGACGAACCUGGACCCAUCUGGAGGACCUGGAGCUCGCCGAUCCGGAAUUCUGCUCCUCGGACCCCGUCGACAUCCUACUGGGAGCCGACGUAUAUGGGACCAUCAUCCGUCAGGGCCUACGAAAAGGAGGUCCUAAGGAUCCAGUAGCUCAACAAACCUCGUUGGGCUGGAUUCUCUCAGGUACCGUUAGCUCGACGGCGCCCAGCCAACACAUCUCCGCUCAUCACUGCCAAAUCGAGGAGGACAUCACCUGCUUGGUGCGGCGGUUCUGGGAGCAGGAGGAAGUCCACCGGCCAUCUCCGACCCUCACCAAGGCGGAACUAGAGUGCGAGGAGCACUACCGCCGUCAUCACUCGCGCUCUCCUGACGGCAGGUACAUAGUGCGGCUGCCAACGAUCGAGCCUCUUCCGGAUCUGUCUGGGACUCGUCGCGCCGCCAGUCGUGCUCUGCAACAGACGGAGAAAAGGUUAGAGAAAGAUGCCGACUUUAAGGACAUGUACGUAGAGUUCAUGCAAAAGUACAAGGAACUGCGACAUAUGAUGCUUGCACCAGCGCCAGCUGAGCCACAACGAGGUACCUGUUACUUGCCGCAUCACGGGGUCCUGCGUCCGGACAGCACUUCCACUAAGCUGAGGGUCGUGUUCAACGGCUCGAGCUCCUUGCCGAACGGGGACUCUCUCAACCAAUAUUUUCUGACUGGACCGAAUCUGCUUCCUGCACUGGCUGACAUCCUGCUGCGUUGGCGACGCCACAGAUACGUCUUCGCUGCCGAUAUCGAAAAGAUGUAUCGGCAGAUCCUAGUGCAUCCGGACGAUCGAAGCCUGCAGCGAAUCCUGUGGAGAGACGACUCUAAGAACGACGUCCAGGAGUUCUGGCUAUGCACGGUCACUUACGGGCUCUCAUGCGCCCCGUAUCUGGCCAUCCGUACCUUACGCCAACUCGCCGAGGACGAAGAGCAUCGCUUUCCGAAAGGCGCCGACAUCCUGCGGAGCGAUAUCUACAUGGAUGACAUCCUGUCCGGUGCCGAGAAUCUAGAGGAAGCAGAAUCUAUGGUGAGGCAGCUGACAAAUAUAUGCACGGCGGGCGGGUUCACACUAAAAAAGUGGUCUACAAACGCCUCCUACCUGCUGAGCCUCGUGGAACCGGACGCGCGCCUGCAACAAGAGGCCAGAUGGUGGCUGCCCGGCGAGAGUCAUUCCACUCUCGGCCUUCGAUGGCAACCGUGCGACGACCGCUUCGCCUUCGCCACCCACCGGAUCACUCUCUCAGCGGUCACCAAAAGGUCGGUCCUUUCUUUGACGGCCAAAUUAUUCGAUCCACUCGGCUGGCUGUCUCCAACGACUGUGCUGGCAAAAAUCAACAUCCAGGCUACCUGGCUACUAGGUCUCGACUGGGACGCGUCUCUGCCAAGCGAGGAAGCCAGAAAAUGGCUGCGAUUCCAGGAGGAGUUAGCGGCAUUGGAGAAACUAGUCGUGCCUCGUUGGUUAGGAGCCCUAGCUGACUCCCAUCAAGAGGUUCACGGAUUUGCCGAUGCCUCCGAACGUGCCUACGCCGCAGUUAUCUACCUGCGAACAAACACAAACGGAGUUAGGAGAGUGACUUUAUUAGCUGCGAAGACCAAGGUAGCUCCUUUGAAACAGAUCUCAUUACCGAGGUUAGAGUUAGCUGCCGCCACUCUUCUAGCUCGAUUGGUCGCCCACGUCGUGCCUCUUAUUGGCGCAGAAAAGGCGCCUCUCCAUCUGUGGUCGGAUUCCACCGUGACUCUCGGCUGGAUCCGGGGCCACCCUUCGUCCUGGGUCACUUACGUCGCUAAUCGGGUGAGUGAGAUCCAGACGCUGACUCCGGACGCCCACUGGCACCACGUCCCCGGCCGAGAGAAUCCCGCGGACUGCGCGUCACGAGGACUCUACCCCAGCGAGCUUGUGGACCAUUCACUAUGGUGGCAAGGUCCGUCGUGGCUGUCCUCCGAGAGCCAACCGUGGACGAUCAACAGGGAGGAGCCACCAGAGGAUGACCUCCCAGAGAGGCGCGUCCGCGCCCACGUCGCCGCCAUCGCCGAACAAAGGACUGAGCCGGAGAUGCUUCUUCGAUACUCGUCGCUACAACGCCUGCUCCGGAUCACUGCGUGGUGCCGUCGCUGGCUGCGGAUCCAUCGUCAGGACCACCUCGAGCAUGGCCAGCCCGGCUUGAUCAGCGCCGACGAGAUCGAGGACUCCCGGAUCUCCUGGUUAAAAAUCAUCCAGGCUAAAACAUACAAAGAAGAACUGAAACACCUGAAGAAUGGAAAGCCGCUGCCGACUCAAAGCUCCCUACUGAAGCUAAGUCCUUUUCUGGACAGUGAGGGACUCCUACGCGUCGGCGGGCGCCUUAAACACGCUGCUCUGCAGUAUGAUGCCACGCAUCCAACCAUACUCCCAAGCAGAUCUAAUUUUACUUGCCUCAUCAUUGACGACUACCACAAGCGGACGCUGCACGGCGGCACCCAGUUGACCUUGUGCUCUCUUCGCCAGGAGUAUUGGGUCCCUCGAGGUCGCGCUCUAGUGAAGAGCCGCAUCAGCCGGUGUCUAAGGUGCACCAGAUGGCGAGCUGCCAUCCCUCAGCCACUGAUGGGGGACCUCCCGGCACCACGAGUUACUCCAGGCCGGCCGUUUCUGCAUACCGGCGUAGACUACGCUGGACCGAUUUGGAUGCAAACUGCAGGGGGCCGCGGACUCAAGGCGACAAAAGGUUUUAUUGUUGUCUUUAUUUGUUUAGCUUCCCGAGCAGUCUACCUCGACGCCGCCUCGGACUACACCGCUGACGCCUUCCUUGCCGCCUUGCGUCGGUUCGUCGCCAGGGGAGGAGUCUGCCACUCACUAUAUAGCGACUGCGGCACCAACUUCGUGGGUGCCGAUAAGCAGCUUAGGCAACUAUUCUCCGCCGCCAGUGCCGACGGACAUCGCAUUGCAACCUUCGCCGCCCAGGAAAGAAUCCGGUGGCGGUUCAACCCGCCGGCUGCACCUAACUUCGGCGGUUUAUGGGAAGCUGCCGUGAAAGCGAUGAAGUACCACCUUCGGCGAGUCAUCGGUGACGCCACCCUCACCUACGAGGAGAUGACUACUCUCCUAGCCCAAAUUGAGGCCUGCCUCAAUUCCAGACCGCUGCAGCCGUUGUCUGACGAUCCGGAGGAUGUAGCCGCACUCACACCUGGUCACUUCCUGGUCGGCUCCGCUCUCUCGGCGAUCCCCGAACCGUCGCUCGAACGAGAGCCGUCGGCACGUCUCUCACGGUGGCAGCUCCUGCAAAACAUGAAGGACCAUUUCUGGUCUCGGUGGGUCAGCGAAUACUUACACACGCUGGCCCAUCGGCCAAAAUGGUCCCGAAUUAAUCAGGAGGCUCGCGUCGGUCGAAUCUGCCUCGUGCGAAACAAAAUAACACCACCAACAUGGUGGCCGCUUGCGCGCAUUACACAACUGCAUCCAGGUUCCGACGGUAACGUUCGCGUAGUCGACGUCCGCACCUCGACCACAAAUUUGACGCGUCCCGUAAACAAGUUAGUCUUUCUGACCGAUGGCACCGAAGAGCACUCACUCGAAUCGCAAUCACGCGUCGUCCGCGAUUAG